AUGACACAAGUAGCCUCUUCACAAGAUCUGACAAAAGUUGCUCAAUCAACACAAUCUGAUAUGAAUAGUACACAAACUGUGUUAAAUGGUGCUUUUCAGCAAGCCUUUCAAAACAUGGGAGCACCGCGGAUAGAACGUUUUGAAACCGGAAAACCACGAGGUGUUUCUACGACAUUAACACCACAAGAUAUAUUGAAAUUGUUCUACUUAGAUCCAGAGUUUGUGGACUACAUUAUCAAAACCACGAAUCUAAGAUUCGAUAUUUACAACAAAAAGGUUCUCAAGAUGCUUGAACAGGGAAGGACAACAAUGGCAUACCAAUCGUGA